UCUAUCGCCACCAUUCCAUUCGUCGUCUGCUCCUAAUAUUUGGUACAUGUCUCGCUUCGAUGGGCGUGGCCUUGACUUCCAUGGCAACCAGCAACGCUCAAAUGUCAAUCUAUCUCUCAAUAACCGGUCUUGGAUAUUGCAUGGUACAUAUAUGUUGUACCAUGACAUUGCACCACGUGGCUCAAAAUUUCAACCUACUUUUCAGCAUUAGUUUGACUGGAUAUGGCGUCGGAAUGUUUCUGUUACCACUCAUAGCUGAAUUCCUACGUCAAGCUUACGGUUGGAGAGGUGGACUGCUCAUCAUUAGCGCGCUGAUGGCACAUAUUAUCCCAGUUGGCAUGGCAAUCAAGUUCGAUUCAGAUGAGAGCAGCACACAGAGAAAUGACGUUCAGAGUGUCCCAAGUUCGCCCCCAGAGUUUAACGAGGAAGAGGAGAGCAACAUCAGCACAAGCAAGGACACAGAAGGUGAGUUGGACCGGUAUUCCUAGUAGACCAAAAGCCCGUGAGACCGGCAGUCUCAUGCGAACGCCAUUGUCGGUCUCGUGAACUUAUGUCAGAAAAAUAUGGCAGAAAAGCCAAGAAGACCAACAUGUCGGU